AUGCCUCAAGGAAUCCCCUCCGGCGAGCGUCUGCUCGAUCUCUUCAGCCUCAAGGGCAAGGUCGUCGUCGUCACAGGUGCCUCCGGCCCUCGAGGCAUGGGUAUCGAAGCCGCUCGCGGUUGCGCCGAGAUGGGUGCCGACAUUGCCAUCACAUACUCUUCCCGCAAGGAGGGUGCUGACAAGAACGUCGAGGAGCUCACCAAGGAAUACGGCGUCAAGGUCAAGGCGUACAAGUGCAACGUCAGCGACUUUGAGGACGUCCAGAAGUUCGUCGCCGAGGUUAUCAAGGACUUCGGCAAGGUCGAUGCCUUCAUUGCCAACGCCGGUGCAACUGCUGACAACGGCAUCAUUGACGCUUCCAAAGAGGACUGGGACCACGUGAUCAACGUGGACCUGAACGGUACCGCAUACUGCGCCAAGGCUAUCGGCGCUCACUUCAAGGAGCGUGGCACCGGAUCGCUCGUCAUCACCGCUUCCAUGUCGGGCCACAUCGCCAACUUCCCCCAAGAACAGACCUCCUACAACGUCGCCAAGGCGGGCUGCAUUCACAUGGCCAAGUCUCUGGCCAACGAGUGGCGCGAUUUCGCACGAGUUAACAGCAUCUCCCCCGGAUACAUUGACACCGGCCUGUCUGACUUCGUCGACGUGAAGGUGCAAAACCUGUGGAACAGCAUGAUUCCCAUGGGCCGACCUGGCCAUGCCAAGGAGUUGAAGGGCGCUUAUGUCUACCUGGUUUCCGACGCAUCUACAUACACAACCGGUGCGGAUCUCAUCAUUGACGGUGGUUACACCACCCGCUAG